AUGAAUCAAAAUAAAUCAAUAAUAGAAGAUAAUGAUAAAGAAUGCAUUGAUUUAAUUCUAAUGGUAAAUAAUACAAAAAUAAAUAAAAAAAAUGUAUACAGUCAAAAGAUAAAUGAAAGAAAGAAAAAAACUCCACCACCACCACCAUCAUCUCCAUUAGUUUUACCAACAAUAGAAAAUAUGUGCAACAACAAUAACAGUUUUAAUAAUCAUAACCAACAAAAAUCAAUUUAUAAUUAUCAGAACAAUCAAAAUAAUAAUCAAACAACCUCAUUAGGAGGGAAAGAAUUUAAUAUUUCAAUUUUAAAUGAACAACUUUUUUUGGAUGAAUCAAAUCAUUUUAAUAUUUUUAAAAAAAAUGAUAGUUUUAGUUUAAACGAUAAAGAAGAUGAUUUCUUCAAUAAUAAUAAUAAAGAUAAUAUUAUUAAUAAUAACAUGGAAACAAAUAAUAUAGAUCAAAAUCAUAAUAUUUCAGAAAUCAUUAAUAAUACAACAAUAAUUAAUUCUGAAAAGAGGAAUAGGAAAUAUCAACUUUUUAAAAAAGAAAAACAAAUUAAAUACAUCAGGAGGUUUACAUAA